AUGCCUCGCUCCCCUCGUAGGUCCCGCUCUCCCGAGCAACGGCGCUCCUCACACCGGAGCUACCGAAGCCCUUCCCCUUCUCGUUACGACCGCCCCCGCGGCGACGACAGGCGUGAACGCACGCGCGACGACCCCCGAGACAGGCGGCGCCAUGAAGACGACUACGAUUCCCGCGACCGUGAUCGCGUGAGGGACCGUGAACGUGACUAUCGAGACCGAGACCGUGAGCGCGACCGUUACGACCGCCGUAGGGAUGACAGAGAUGAUCGCCGGCGAGACGACUACCGCAGCGAUGACCGGGACAGGCGCAGGGAUGACCGCGACCGCGACGCUCCGCGCGACGACUACCGCCGCGACAGGGAUGGCAGGAACAAUGGACAUGCGGAGCCGUCAAGGCGCGACCGGUCGUCUGAGCGGACACCGCGCUCGGCCAUGUCUGGUUCCCCGGCCGCCCAGUCCGAGGAGGAGAGGUUGCGCCUCAAGCGCGAGCGUCUUGAGGCAUGGAAGAAGAGCCGUGAGCUUGCCAAGAGUCGUACAGCGUCGGCUACCCCAGAGCCAGACAAGGCAGCUGCUGCUGCUCCACCCAAAGGUGAGUCGCUGACUCGUGUGACACGCAACAACAACAAAGAGCUAAACCUCGCAGCAACAGCACCACCAUCAGCUGGCGCUCCCGGUGGCGGCUUGUCGUUCAGCGCUCAGCGCAUCGGUUUCUCGAUCAAGCCAACCCCUCUUAAGCGUUCGCUCGCUCUCGACGACGAGGAGACCGAGGACCGCAAGCUCCAGAAGCUCGACCUGCCAGACUUUGCCCCAGAGGCGCAGAGUGGGGAACACGUCGAGGCAGUGACGGCGGACUUGGCCGCUGAGGAAGCAGACGAGAAGCCCGACCUGGCGAACGGACAAGCCAAGAUGGAGGUGGACGAGGAGGAGGAAGACCCCUUGGACGCGUUUAUGCGUACCAACGUUACCGAGGUCAUCAGCGUCAACAAGGCGGACGCCAAGCGUGCUGGGUUGAUUGACGGCGGCGACAGUGAAGACGACGAGCCAGAGAUCAAGAACAAGGCCGAAGAGGACCUUGCCAAGGCUGAGGCGCUUCUUGCCAUGGCGGCAAGCAAGUCGAGGAAAAAGGACCUGCCGACUCCCGACCACUCCCUGAUCGACUAUGAGCCAUUCCAAAAGGCGUUCUACAACCCUCCUGUCGAGGCGGCUGAGAUGACCGACGAAGAUGCCGAGCUUGUUCGUCUCGAGAUGGACGGUAUCAAGAUCCGUGGUGUCGAUGCGCCCAAACCCGUCAAGAACUGGGCUGCGUUUGGUAUCCCAAUCGGCUGUCUGGACGUUAUUCGCAACAAUGAGUGGAAGGAGCCUACGCCUAUUCAGGCUCAGUCCAUCCCCGCCAUCAUGAUGGGCCGCGACGUCAUUGGUAUUGCAAAGACCGGUUCCGGCAAGACCAUUGCAUUCUUGCUCCCUCUCCUCCGUCACGUCAAGGCCCAGCGCCCAGUGUCUGGCCUCGAUGGCCCCAUCGCCCUCAUCCUUGCGCCUACUCGUGAACUCGCCCUCCAGAUCCACCGCGAAUCCAAGCAGUUUGCAAAGGUUAUGAACCUGCGCGUUUCGUGCUGCGUCGGUGGCCAGUCUAUUUCCGAGGACAUUGCGGCAAUGAAGAAGGGUGCCGAGAUUGUUGUCUGCACACCUGGGCGUAUGAUCGACCUGCUCACUGCCAACAAUGGUCGUGUGACCAACCUCCGCCGUGUCACUCUCCUUGUCAUGGACGAGGCGGACCGCAUGUUCGACAUGGGCUUUGAGCCCCAGGUGAUGAAGAUUGUCAACAACACUCGUCCCGACGCCCAAAAGGUGCUCUUCUCGGCCACUUUCCCCAAGACGAUGGAGUCGCUGGCGCGCAAGAUUCUCAUCAAGCCGCUCGAGAUCACCGUCGGUGGCAAGUCGGUCGUCGCCGCCGAGAUUGACCAGCGUGUCGAGGUGCGCGAUGCCGACACCAAGUUUUCGCGACUGCUCGAGAUUCUCGGCGAGCAGGCCCAGGACAACCCCGAGACCGACGUGCGCACCCUCAUCUUUGUGGAGCGCCAGGAGAGCGCCGACGACCUGUUCCGUGACCUCCUCAACCGCGGUUACCUUUCGUCGUCGCUGCACGGUGGUAAGGACCAGAUUGACCGCCUCGAGGCCAUCAAAAACUUCAAGGACGGCACGAUCCCCAUCAUUGUCGCCACCUCGGUGGCCGCUCGUGGUCUUGAUGUCAAGGAGCUCAAGCUUGUUAUCAACUAUGACGCCCCCAACCACAUGGAGGACUAUAUCCACCGUGCCGGUCGCACCGGUCGUGCCGGCAACACUGGCGUGUGUAUCACGUUCAUCACCCCCGAGCAGGAGAAGUUUUCCGUCGACCUUGUGCGCGCACUCGAGGCGUCCAAGGCGUUCAUCCCCGACAAGCUCAAGGAGAUGUCCGAUGGCUUCCUGGGCAAGAUCAAGUCGGGCAAGGCGCGUGCUGCUGGCAGUGGUUUCGCUGGCAAGGGUCUGGAACGUCUGGAGCGCAAGCGCGAGGAGAAGGACCGUGCCGAAAAGCACACGUACGGCGACACUUCCGAGGCUAUUUCCCUCUCGUCUCGCGAGGGCGCUGUUAUUGCGUACAAGCCCAAGACCAACGACGCCAAGCCCCACAUUGAGAGCUCAGGCAAGGGCGAGGGCGACUACACCUUUACCGAGAUCACCGUCGACGUGGUCCACGGUCCUGCUCCCGACAAGCUCCCCUCCGGCCCCGCCCAGCGUGGCACACGCGCCGAGGCGGUCAACCUGCCGCAGCAGACGCUCGAGGCACUUGACAAGGCCCGCAGGGAAGGCAGGCACAUUGACGCCGCAAACCUCGCCAAGAUUGCUUCUCGCCUCACCCAGACUAUCGAGAACAACAAGAAGGCUGCUGGUCUCGCUGCUGCCAUCGCUCCCGACUCGCGCGGCAAGACCAAGGACCCGGACGCGACCGACUGGCACGCCCUGUUCCCCAUCAACGACUACCCGCAGAAGGCUCGCUGGAAGGCCACGCACAAGGAGCAGAUGACGCUCCUGCAGGAAAUCUCUGGCGCGUCCAUCACCAUGCGUGGUGUCUACUACCCGCCUGGAGAUGAGCCUGCUCCGGGCCAGGAGCCCAAGCUUCACUUGCUCAUCGAGUCCAACGAGGAAGUGCGCGUGCGCCGUGCCGUCGACGAGCUGCGUCGUACACUUGUGGAGGCAUCCGUCCAGGCCCUGCAAAGUGCCGACAGGUCGGCGACGACCGGUGGCAGGUAUGCGGUGUAG